UCUCAAUAUUGUACGAUCGUGGUAUUUCCGGAGCUAAGGUGCGAUAUUUCAUAAUAAGUCACAAAAGGAUAGCCAUUGACUUGUUCUUGUGGCGCAAGUGGUGUUAAACUCUAGAAUUACCACAGGCAAUUGAGAAACCACUGAAAACAAUCUGGGUUAUCGGAUCAUUUCGACGUUUUUGGGAACAGUGUAAAGACAGGAAUCAUUGUACUCAAAACAACUCGACGGUUGAAAGAAGCAGCAACUAUGAAAUAUCUUAUCAUUAUUGCAACAAUCUUUGCUCAGCUGUUGGUAAUACAAGAAGCCCAUGGGUAUCCAAAUGGUGCGCCUAAGAGUACGUGUUCUAACCUAACACCAGGUCACGGAAAGAAAUUAAGUGGAGAUCACCCGUUCAAUUUAACUGUCCAGAUAAUGAAAUCGUCACAUGAAAUUGAAGUAAUGAUAACACCAAAAGAGAAUACCACGAUAUUCCAAGGUUUCAUUCUACAGGCAAGAAAGAUUGGAGAUACGAAGCCAGUGGGAGAAUUUGUCGCAGUACCGGAUAACACGAAAGCUGUAGAAUGCGAUCAUGGCAAUGAUACCGCUACGCACAGUAAUACCGCAAACAAAGCAAGUUUAACAUUCAGAUGGAUCUCUCCUGUCCCCUUCGAUGCAAGUAUACAGUUUCACACAACUAUUGCCAUCAAAAAAGAUUCCUACUGGAAAGGAAUUGUGUCUAGCGAGGUACCAAUACUAGCCUUAGACAGCAAGGCAUUGCCAUCAGCCGUGACAAGCUCAACAUUAAUGUUCAUUACUUUUGUUUUUGUGUGUCAGUUAUUCAUGUAAUUUUUUUGUCGUCCAGACUCCAGACUAAGUUCUGUAUGAAGUAUAACCUAUUGAAAUUAUGUUUCACUCUCAACGUAUAAAAUUUAAACCGAACAUUAGCACGAUAUUAAUUGUUAACGACGGCAUAAAUUCGCACUUUAGUUAUAAUCUUGCAUUAUUCAAAUAUACAGUAAUCUCUUUUUCGUAUUUUUAAAAGCCAAUUAACCACAACA